GGUUGGUGUGAUCUCAGUGCUCAUCGCGAAAAUUUGUGAUUUUGUUUGUGCGUAUAAAAAUCUAUUUUUCUAGUCACUUUUCUUGCAUUUUCCGUGCCGUUCUUGUGUUGAAUUGUGGUCAAUGGUGUGAAAAUUAGUGUGCACUUUGGGUAUUGUGGAAAAUCUUCCAGAAAAGGCAUGAGUGAGACUGAGAAAGGAGCCUCCCAGUCUCCGGGGGAAGAAAGGGCAUCUCCAGGGGGCUGUGAGGGCAGAGCAUUGAGUAUUAUUGAUGAAUUCACAUCUCUCUACGAGGAUCGACUGAAGCUGAUUGACAGGGAGAUCGGUGAGAAUUGUCUUGAGAUAAAAUUGCCAAUUUACAAGAAAUGGGUAGAGGAUCUCACGUUCCAGAACAAAGAAUUGGUAAAGGCAGUUGAGGAGGUGGAAACUGUCGUUUCCGAACGCCUCAGUCUCCUGGAGGAGAGGCUGCAGCAGGAAAAGUACAAUCUCCACGAUCGACGGGUUUUCCACUUGGAAAGUGAUAUCCGGAAUCUGUUGAUCUUCCUGAGACGUGCCAUUAGAGAUAAAUCUUGGAGCACUGAGGGGUUGACAUUUCAUGAAAUUGAUCUCGAGAAGACAUUGUCAGAUAUCAGGGAUGAGAAGGAGAUUGAAGUUGCAAAGAUCACGGUGGAAGUGACACCUGAAUCUAGUAGAAUCCUCACGGGAGGACUUGAGGACAUCUCAAGAGAAGUUUCCAAUAUCCGCGAAGAUAUCCGGAACUCCACUGUAAUUCACACUCAAGACGAAAGCUACAAAGUUUUUGAAGAGAAUGCAAUCCUCCGUGAGAAAUUGGAGAGCACUCAGAGAGAAUUGAAUUUGUUGCAAUUGAAGAACAAGGAACUCGAAAAGGCUGCCAGCGAUACUAAAGUUCUUGUUGAGGAAAUUGCUGCGAAGCAUGAUACAAUACAGAAAAUGCGUACAGACAGUGCAUAUUUAGAAGAACAAAUCCGCCAAGCGAGCAUGCAAAUAAACCUUAAGGAUGUUGUAAUCCGGGCAUUGAGACAAGAUGUCGCUUGUCUCAAGAAGAAUGGUUCCCAAAGUGAUGGAGAUUCCAUUGAGUUGUCAGUUGUUGAUUUAUCUAAGGAAGUUCUUGCGACAAAGGCUGAUCUCACUGAAAUGGGAAAACAACAGAAAGAAAGUGAGAAAAAUCUCAAGAGUAUUUUUGAGGAGUUGAAUCAGCUAAAAGUGGAAUUGGGAUUGAAAAUUCCGGAGAAAAGUCCAUCAGAGACUUUUGUGCCCGAAGUAGAAAUGUUGAGUGCCAUUAAGCAUGAAUUUUUCAAUUUAAGACAAACCAAUUCACUGCUUAAAGUUGAAAAUGCCGAAAUGAGGCAGCAAGUCCAAAAUUUUUCUCAUCAGGCAGAUCACUUGAGUAAACAGGGAAAACAAUUAGAAGAAAUGCAACAAGUUAUGUCCAAAAUAAGGAACACCAUCAACUCUUUUGGUGGCAAUCAGGACGAUGCCGAAGCAAGUGAUGGUGAUUUUUUGGCAAAGUAUUGUGAUGUUCUUGAGGAGUUGAAGAGCGACAAUGCCAGAAAAACCGAUGACUUAGCCAAGAAAGAUUCUAAAAUUGAGUCACUAAAGGAUGUGAUUGAGAAGCAAAGCCUAGAAAUUGAUAAUUUAACUAAGAAUCAGGGUUUUAUGGCUUCAGAACGGGCAAAAAAUGAACAAGUGAUUGAAGACUUGAAGAAAGCCGUCUCAACUCAUACGGAUACAGUAAAUGAAUUAAAAAGUGCCAAUGAUGUACUAGUUAAACGCCUAAAAGACAUGGAAACUAAUCAUCAAUCCAAUGAAAUUUUUGCCAAACUUCUUGCUGAUAAAAAUCGAUUGGAAGUUGAGUCAUCGAAAGUCAGUGGAAGUUCAAGCUCGGGAAUUAUUUCGCACAAUGGUGCUUCUGAGGGUGGUUUAGGGGUCAAAGUGUUGUCUGGGAGUGAGAUGGAGCAGGAGGGGGAUUCGAGGAUGCAUCAGCAGAAUCAGCAAUAUUCACAGAUCAUCGAUGAUCUGUCCAAUGAAUUGGCAUCGCUCUCGGAGCAACUUCUGCAGCAACCGCAGCAGAAGGAGCUCAUUGAGGAGUCACUGCAGCUGAAGACUCUCAUGGAAGAUCUGGAGAUACAAAAUGACAAUCUUCAGCAGACCAUUGAGACCUACAUCGAGCAACUAUCCACGGCUGAGACGAAAAUUCAAAGUCUUGAAUUCGAGAAAUCCAACCUUGAGGGUGAGGUGAAGAAUGCUCGGUUGGAGUUGGAGAGAAAAGAUGCCAAAAUUGAGGAGUUGAUGAGGGAAAAUAAAAGCGCCCAGUCACAAUUGGAGAUUCAUCGACGCUUCUGCACGUGCAGAACCUCAACGUUGGUCGUUGACAAUGGCAAUGGAAUCCGCCGAGCAAGUGUGAAUAUGGACAAAGACACGCAAUGUAUUGAGGAGUUGCAGAAGUUAUUGAACCAGAAAUCAAGUGAAGCCUCGAAAGCCACCGUUGCAUUGCGAUGGAAGAGCCUGGAAUGGGGCAGAAUGCAACAAAUUGCAGCUGAGGAAAAGAUCAAAUUGACGCAGCAGAUGAAGGAUUUGAUAAAAAAUGUGGGAGACCUGAAACAGAAGAUAGCAUCCUUGGAGGCGAAUUUGGAGAAGAAGGAGCAGGAUCUUCAGAGAACAACUCAAAAACUCCAAAUUGCUACGCAAAGGGAGGCUGAGCUGGUGGCGGAUAUAUCAGUGAAAAAUGAUCAAAUAACUUUCUUCGAGAAGGGAGAAGCCAAAUACCGAGAGGCUAUUGAGGAAUUGUCUGAAGAAUUGUCAGCCAUUCGGACAUCUCGUGUGAGGAGAGAGAGUAUCAAGAUUCAAGAGCUUAAUGCUGCCAAUACCUCACUCAGAGGAGAUACGGCAGAGCUGGAGAAACAAAAUUCAGCUCUGCAAAGAGAGAAUGCAAAUCUCAAGAGCGAAAUGUCCAGCCUGAGGGACGAAGUGGCUUCCCUGGAGGGCAGAAGUAAAGCCCUGACGGAUCUCUUGAAGGGCAAUCAGGGAGAAAUGGAUUUGUUGAAGCAAGAGAUAAAUCGAUUGAUUAAUCUGGAAACCGAAAUAACAGGCAUCAGGCAGGACAAGGCGAUCUUUGAGAAGCACAACCAAGAUCUUGUCAAUCGCUAUCAGACUCUUCAGAAGGAUUACGAAGAGCUUCAGAAUGAGUACAAAUUGCUGUUGGAGAUUAAGGCCCAGACGGAGAUAAUUCUGGAGAAUAUGAAGAUGUGGGAGAAUGAGCAUGAGGAACGAGAGAAGAUAAUUCAGAAGAAAAUUUCCAAACAAUCUGAGCAUAUAAAUACUCUCCUGGACGAUAGGAAAAUGCUGAUCAUGAAGAUUAAUACUAUGCACCAGGAUAUUGUGGUCCUGAAUAGCGAGCGCCAGAAAUAUGAAGAUAAAUUCAAGGAAGUGCUGAACGGUCCCUCGUUCUACUUGGCCAAUUCGCAGGACAACUUUUCACUUCCCACAAAGAUGAUAAGGUACAAUAGCGAUCCUCAGCUCAAUAAUUCUGAAAGCAUUUGGAGGAGAGUGAGAAAUACAACAAAACGAUUGUCCAGGACAAGGCGUCUGUGGGAGGAACACAUGAAAGAGGCAUUUCAUUGACGGCAAAAGAUAGCAAAAAAAAAUUAUUAAUGUAUUUGAUUGAGAAAAGAUAAAAUUACUGCGGAAACCGUUAA